AUGAACGAUUUACCCAAAGUUGUUUCGAACUGUGACGUUGAAUCAUAUGUUGACGACACAAAGACGUUUAUAUCAUUUUCCUUAUCAGAAGCCGACCUUGGCCUGUUAAGCCUUUCCCAAGAUCUCAGAAGUAUAGCAGAAUGGUGCUGUUCUAAUAAGCUUCUAAUAAAUCCCUUGAAGACAGAGUUUAUGAUAUUUGGAAUGGAGAAAUCGAUAAAGAACCUGCCAAACUUAUCAAUUCCUUUUCUAGGAAAAAUAUUAACACCUGUCACAGUUUGUAAAGACCUUGGUCUCACUUUCGAUGCCACUCUGACAUAUGACGAUCAUAUCAAUUCAUUGACGUCGACCCUAACAUCAAGUCUGUGUCAAAUCAACAGAGUUCGACACUUGUUCAACAAGGAUGCCUUGUUGGUCAUGAUAAACUGCCUAGUAUUUAGCAAACUUUACUAUUGCUCCACGGUUUGGUCUGGCACCACACAAAAGAACAUUAAGAAACUACAACGAGUACAGAACUUUGCAGCACGAAUCGUAACCGGAACUAGAAAGUAUGAUCAUAUCACCCCGGCUUUAGAUAAGCUGGGAUGGUUGUCAGUUAACGACUCUCUAUUGUACCGUAAUGCUAUUAUGAUGUAUAAAAUAGUUCAUGGUCUUGCACCUGCCUAUCUUAGUUCCAAGCUAGUAAUCCGUUCGCAACUUCAUAAACAUAUUACGAUGUAG